AUGGCGUCAGACCUUCGCGGUCAGCCAGCCACUAGUCGACGCCAAAAGUCAAAAAAUCCUAUGGAUCCUGUGGUAACCGAGGCCGCGUCCAGCUCCUCAAGUGCCUUUAGCAAACUCGAGCUCGUCCAAAAGGCAUUCAUGGCUCCUUUCACCCAUAAGAAAACCGACUCGACUCGCAUAUUAUCUGACCUUGCGCCUGUGAUAAUGACUCCCCGCAUGAUCAACUCGGCUGCUACAGUCGCCUCAAAACCACAAGCCUCAAUUACAGGCCCCACAAUCUCGCGCUCAAGGAUGGACUUUUCUUCACUAGGCCGUGCUCCUCUCCGUCUGGGGCUUGGCUCAAAGCGCAUCACGUCGGGAGAUCUACAAAUUUUCGAGGCAACAGAGGAAUUGCUCGAGGCUGAAGUCCCCGAGCCGGAGGGCGUCGCGUCCAACGUCAGUCUUCUCCGAGGAUUCAACGCCACCAUCCCCAGUGCCGAGCAGAGUAAGACCAGGAGACGACAAAUGCGCAAUGUCGAUACUCCCCGCCUUGGAUUGAAGAAACUCGGAAUGAGUGCUCGCGGCUUGCUCACAGAUGAGGAUGACCAUGAAGGCCAAAGCGUAGCCAGCGAGGAUGAUGUAGUCGUAGUCAAGCACGCCCAGUCGGGCAAGAAGAAGAGCAGAGAGAGUCUGAGUGCUACCAAGAAGCUGGGGAAAGAGGAAUUGGUUCGGCAGACGGAGGAAAUCAUGCUCGACAAGGAGAAUAUCCAUGUUAAAAGGAGUCUCAUUAACAAUGAAAUUAAAGAGAUCACUCAUAAGAUUCAGGCCCUUGAUGACAUCAGAGCCAAGCUCGAGCAAGACCUCCUCAAGUUGCAGGAAGAAGAGCUAGAACUGGAUGAUGAGCUUGAGGGUGUAAAAGAAAGAAUAAAGUAUGAACAGGCUUCUAGUCAUCAACCGGCUAGUGCUGUCAAGAAUCUUCAUCUUCCACCGAGUUCCAGACGUCGAAAAGGUCCUGCCUUCCUCCCAUCGGAACAUGAUGAACUUCCUCCGGGUGUCGCAUUCAUGACCUUGGACAGCCAUACAACUCCGAUUACGACUCUGGACUUUUCCGAACCGUAUGGUACCCUUGUCAGCGCUUCACAAGAGGAUGCCCAACCCCGGGUCUGGGAUCUUCUUACAGGUGAUGAAAUAGGAAGACUUCGGGGUCACAUUGGCGCCGUUCACUGCUUGCAAGUUGAGGAUCAUGUAUGUCUGACUGGAGGCGCAGACGGUAAUGUACGACUUUGGGAUUUAAGAAGAGUAAAUGACUCCGAUGGAUGGGGUGAAGGGGAGAUGGUGAACCUGAGUGAUGUACCCGAGGAAGACGAGGAGGGAGGCGAAUUGGUUGAGCAUCCCAGCAGUAUCAGAAACUCUGCAGACGAGAACGAACACAAAGAUAGUAGCUGCGCAAGACUCCUGGAAGGGCACACCCAAGCCGUAACAGCUUUAUAUUUCGAAGAUGAAUGUCUGGUUACCGGUGCUUCAGAUAAAACUCUUAGGCAGUGGGAUCUCACUACGGGACAAUGCGUGAUGACUAUGGACAUCCUUUGGGCCAUAUCACAUCCAGCCAAUGGGAGUAUAUCAAACCCGCUCGCUAGUCAAAGUUUCCCCGGAAGCUUUUCUGUACAAACACCUCCGUAUGCGGAUGGGACUAGAGAAGUAUACGAGGAUUUCGUAGGGGGAGUCCAAUUCUGGGGAUACGGUUUGGUUAGUGGCAGUGGAGAUGGUGCUGUAAGGAUGUGGGACAUGCGGACAGGUCAAGCGCAUAGAACAUUGCUCGGACAUACUGGCCCUGUAACAUGUCUACAGUUCGAUGAAAUACACAUUGCUAGUGGAAGUUUGGACAAGACAAUGAAAAUUUGGGAUCUUCGCAUGGGCGGAAUCUUUGAAACCAUCCAUUAUGAUCAUGCUGUCACGGCUCUGCAAUUUGACUCUCGCAAAAUUGUUGCAGCAGCGGGAGAAAAUGGCGUCAAGAUUUAUAAUCGUACAAGUACACAACAAUCUACCUUACUCACUAAUGGACACACAAAACCUGUAGAGAGACUUAGAUAUAUGGACCGGUAUCUCGUUACAGGAGGCCGGGAUGCCAAACUUAAAAUAUGGUCACUAUAG